AUGAGCUCCAACAGCUCUUCAUCUCGUUCCGUUCAACGCAGAUCAACAGUUGGCAUACCUACUCGCUGCUGGUGUGGAGCCAAUCUAACAACCUACGCCGCCGAAACGAAGGAAAACCUAUACCGGAGAUUCUACAGAUGUGAAAUUGCCGUUCAGAGGAAAUCAGAACACCACUUGUUCAAAUGGGUUGAUGAGGCUUUUGUUGAUGAGAUAAACAAUCUAGAUGCAAAAAGAUGUCAGCUACAGGCCGAGAUUGAGUCUUAUAAGAGGUCGACGACACUACGCUUUCAAGCACAAGACAAACACAUCGAAGACGCCCUCCUGGAGAUGAGAAAACUUAUCGACGAGCAAAGUAAGCUUAUGGCUGCCACAAUAUCAACUACUACCAUCACCCUCAUCCACAUCCAUAUCUGGAAUUUCAGCUGCAUCAUAUUCUGUGUCAUCAAAAAGAGGGGGAAUAUCAAAUUCCUCGUCAUCAACAUCCUCUAG